GCCCAAACAAAACAUGUUGUACCCGCGGGCUCUGAGUCAAGAAGCAUCAUAAACACCAACCAUUGAGAAAAACACCAAAUUUACUUACUCUCACUCACUCUCACUCGCUCAGGAUGUCGGUGCAGAUAGAGAAGAGGCGGUACGAGUGUUCAGCGCUGCCCCGGGGCUGGAAAAGAGAGGAAGUGCUGAGGAAAACUGGGCUGACUUGUGGGAAGGUCGAUGUUUAUUACUACAGUCCCAAUGGCAAGAAGUUUCGCAGCAAGCCACAGUUGACCCGGUAUCUUGGUGACACGGUUGACCUCUCCUCCUUCGACUUCCGGACUGGCAAGAUCAACCCAAUGCUGGCCAGGAAGAACAAGAAACCGAGGGGCACUCUCUUUGAUUAUAGCCGAGGGAUGCGCAAUGAUGCCUCUCUGGUGCCGCCCAUCCGUCAGACAGCCAGCAUCUUCAAACAGCCAGUCACUGUGGUCAAAACGCAGCCCUCCAGCAAGGUCAAGGCCGACAUGAAGCACGGGUCACAGGACAAGCCCAAGCAGCUGUUCUGGGAGAAGAGGCUGCAGGGUCUUCAAGCCUUGGACGCUCAGACUUCAGUGCUGAGGAAUGUGGACCUCCCAGCUGCUCUCAAGGCUGUGGGGCCAAAUGUAGAGGACCAAACGGUGCUGCAGAGUGUGGCCACAGCCCUGCACGUGUUCCCAGGGCCCAUCACAGGACAGACAGAGGCUCGUCACUACUUGGAGAAAAAUCCUGGAGUGUUUCUCAACCCCACACAACCAUUGGUCAUUUCGGUCCAAAUAGAAAACGAGGACAUCGCAAGACAGGAAGAGAGAGUGGGCCUUGCAAGACACCAGCUGGAGAAGGCACUUAGGGAACUUCAGCCUUAGAGAGAGAGAGAGAGAGAGAGAGAGAGAGAGAGAGAGAGAGAGAGAGAGAGAGAGAGAGAGAGAGAGG